AUGGGCAGCAUCAUUGGAACCAUGGGGUGCAGCAGUUCUGUAACUGACAGGAGGUCAGAGAAAGUCAUUAGAGCUGCUAUCCUCAUCCAGAAUUGGUACCGCUUUACAAUGGCCCGACUGGAGAUGAGACGCCGCUAUUCUCUGAGUAUCUUUCAGUCAAUCGAAUAUGCUGAUGAGCAAGAUCAACUACAGCUAUCCAACUUUUUUACAUUCAUGCUGGAUCACUGUACUCAUCCUGAUUCAGUUUCUCACAUUUUCACUGGCCCUAGUGUUUCUCAGGUGGUGGAUGAAGGCUUAUAUUUAACAGAAUUUGAAAAGAAGAUCGAUGUUCCAGACUCCUAUUAUGGACCACGACUCUCAUUCCCCCUUACUGUUGAAGAUGCCAAUGCUCUCCUUCAUGCUUUCAGGAAUGAACAGCUGCUUCAUGCCCGCUAUGUACUGCAGCUACUAUCUGAAACUAGGAAGGUUCUCAAAGAGAUGCCAAAUAUCACCCAUCUUUCAACUUCCUACUCCAAGGAGAUAACUGUCUGUGGAGAUUUACAUGGAAACCUGGAUGAUCUUUUGCUGAUAUUCUAUAAGAAUGGUCUGCCUUCAGAACAAAACCGUUACGUCUUCAAUGGUGAUUUUGUUGACAGAGGGAAAAAUUCUAUGGAAAUACUUAUAAUCCUGUUUGCAUUUCUUCUUAUCUACCCCAAUGAUUUACACUUGAAUAGAGGAAACCACGAAGACUACAUCAUGAACCUGAGAUAUGGCUUCACGAAAGAAGUUUCAAAGAAGUACAAGGACCAUGGGAAACAGAUUUUGUAUCUUCUGCGAGAUGUUUUUAGCUGGCUUCCUCUCGCCACUAUAGUUGAUAGCAAAGUUCUUAUUCUACACGGAGGGAUUUCAGACACCACAGAUUUGGAUUUCCUGAAUGCACUUGAGAGAAGUAAGUUGAAAUCUUUGAUGAGGCCACCAAAGUCAGUGAGAGACAGACAGGACCAAAUGAAGGAGAGAAUUCCCACAACCAGACCCAGUAAAUACAUUGCUGACCACAGUGUUGCAGGGAAAACACACCGCAUCUCUUCAUCGGGUUCCACUGAGCCUUCAGGCUCGAAUUUGGCGCCAGACCCUGCCUUGAAGGAAUGGAAACAAAUCCUUGAUAUUCUCUGGAGUGAUCCAAGAAGCCAAAAUGGCUGUACACCAAACAAGUGUCGAGGAGGUGGUUGUUACUUUGGUCCUGAUGUCACUGCCAAGCUGUUUGAAAGGUAUAAUCUGAAGAUGCUCAUCAGGUCUCAUGAAUUUAAGCCAGAAGGUUAUGAGAUCAGUCAUGAUGGGAAGGUUAUCACUAUAUUUUCUGCCUCUAACUAUUACGAAGAGGGGAGCAACCGGGGAGCAUACAUCAAACUGAAUCCUGAACUGAUUCCUCGGUUUGUCCAGUAUCGAGUCAGCAAGUACACACGCAGGCAGAAUCUUCGGGAGAGGGUGGGUACAAUUGAAUCAUCUGCCUUAAAGUCCUUACGAGAGAAGAUUUAUGCUCACAGGUCUGAACUCACCACUGCGUUUGCACAGUAUGACCUCAAUGGCACAGGCAAGAUUUCUGUCAAUGACUGGGCUGCAGCCAUGGAGUCUGUCCUACAGCUGGAACUGCCCUGGAGGAUGCUGCGGUCUCAGUUAGCACAGAUGAACCCAGAUGGAGAAGUUGACUUCAUGUCAUGUUUUUACGAUUUGAAAAUAGGUCAACCUGUAAAAGAGGUUCAGCCAGCUUUGGUGGAAACACUGUGCAGGUACAGAAAGGAUCUGGAGAUCAUCUUUAACAUCAUUGACAAAGAUCACUCAGGGCUGAUUUCUCUGGAGGAGUUCAGCCAGACAUGGAAACUCUUCACUUCUCACCUGGGCAUCGAUGUAUACGAUGAAUCCCUCGACAAGUUAGUCCUCAGCAUAGACUACAACAAAGAUGGCCACAUUGACUUCAGUGAAUUUUUAGAGGCCUUUCACGUGGUCCACAGGCUGGAGAAAAAGGCACACUCCUAA